CAAAGCGUUUCAUUUAUCAUUUAUAUAUACAUAUUCUCUCAGUCUGUCCCAUUGGAAAAAAAAAAAAAAGUUUCACUUAUAUAUGCGUGUAUAGAAUCAAGAACCCAUCUGAAAACAAAAUGGCUCCCAACCCACCAAAGACUUCGGUUCUACUUCAAAGAAUCAGCACUCGCAAGCAAUCUCAACGGCGCUCAUCGCAUAUAAUAUCUUGCGCCGCCGCGGCCUCGGAGGUCCCGGAAACGGUGGCCCGCUAUCACGCCCAUCCGGUGGGACCCAACCAGUGCUGCUCCGCCGUGAUCCAGCGGAUCUCCGCCCCCGUCUCCACCGUUUGGUCCGUGGUCCGCCGCUUCGACAACCCGCAGGCCUACAAGCACUUCGUGAAGAGCUGCGACGUCAUCGUGGGGGACGGCGACGUGGGCACCCUCCGCGAGGUCCGCGUCAUCUCCGGCCUCCCCGCCGGCAGCAGCACCGAGCGGCUCGAGAUCCUCGACGAGGAGCGCCACGUCAUCAGCUUCAGCGUCGUCGACGGCGACCACCGCCUCGCCAACUACCGCUCCGUCACCACCCUCCACGCGGACGUGGGCGGGACCACCACCGUCGUGGAGUCCUACGUUGUUGAUGUCCCGCCGGGAAACACGAGAGACGAAACCUGCGUCUUCGUCGACACUAUCGUCAAAUGCAAUCUCCAGUCGCUGGCGCAGAUCGCCCAGAAUCCGGCCGACGAAACAACAACUGAAGGGAUCGGAUCUAAUUAAUAUGAAAAUGUCAACAUUGAUUAUCUGGAUCGAGAUCGAUCUUAGCUAGGCAUUGUGAGUUCUGAUGAUUUCUUGAGAUAACUUAAUUGUGAAUUCAUCAUUAUGUACAUAUAGUACAUACAUAUUAUCCUUAAGUUUUUGUUUCAGCUAGCCAGCUAUUGUUGCAUUAUAUUGUCUUUGAGAUGAAUGAACUUUAAUUUAUUAGGUUUUGUAUAUU